AUGCCUAGUACAAGACCAAGCAAAAUCCCCAGCAAACUACCCAGUGCUAGCCCAAGUUCUGUUCCCAGCAUUAGUCCCAGUGAUGCGCCUAGUUCAUUUCCCAGCAUAACACCAAGUGCGGAACCAAGUGGAUCUCCGAGCGGCAUUCCCAGCAGUGUUCCCAGUAUGGCUCCCACUUACGAGUCUUUUGAUUCCGCAGAGGAACUGAGAAAUGCAUUGUUUGGCACUCUCGGUUGCUGCGUGGAAUGUGCUUGUGAUCCUGAUUACAAUCAAGCUCAUGACUCAGAGUCUCUAGUUUCCCAAAGAUAUGGACACCCGGCUCACACUUGGGACAUUAGCAAGAUUACAGAUCUUAGCUAUGUCUUUGCUGGCUACCAGGGCACUGUUGACCUUGACCUGAAUGGAUGGGACACAAGUAAUGUUGUUGAGAGUCUGUUGGGUGCAUUUUCGGAGUGCGAGUUUAGUGGAGACAUCUCUGAGUGGGAUGUCAGUUCGGUGACUGACAUGAGCUACAUGCUAUGGGAAACCACAUGUUGUUUUGCUUCGGCAUUAAACGAAUGGAAUGUUGCCAAAGUGACGAAUUUUGAGGAAAUGUUUGGCUUCGAAGUUACCAUUCCUGGUGGGAUUGGAAAGUGGGAUGUCACUGGAAAUGGGGCUGAAGGGGGGGUGUACACCAUGUUUAUGUUCGCUACUGCAGUAAAUGUACCUGAUCUGACUAAUGAUGGUGGAUGGGACACAUCCAACAUCUAG